AUGGAGAUGCCAGCCGGAGAGAGCUGUUUGUUACUGUCGAGGAAUAAGCAGGGAAAUCAGGCAUUGCAUGAGGCCUUAAUCAACCGUCGGCUGCAGAUUGUGUGUAGUCUGAUUGACGAUAUGAGAUGCUGCUUCCCAUUGUUGCUCAUGAAUGGUGAAUUAGGCAAAUCCCCAUUGUAUCUGGCUGUUGAAGCUGAUGCUGCUCAAAUUGUAAGACUCAUGAUAGACAAGGCUAAAGCUUCUCACCAAUCAGGUGGAUUAUCUCUGGAUUAUGAUAAUGAUGGAGUCAAGUCUCCUCUCUAUGCUGCAAUUUCCCUUAAGAACAUAGGAAUAUUGAAGGACCUGAUGGAAUUUAAACCAGGAUCCACGAGGGUAAGGGACAAGGAAGGAAGAACUCCUCUACAUUGGGCAGCUUCACUAGGUUUUGUCCCAGAGAUUCUUUACCUGUUAAACAAAUGUAGGAGUGUUGCACUUAUCCAAGACAAACAUGGUUUAUAUCCUCUUCAUUUAGCUUCUGCCAGAGGCCAUUUAAAGGCAGUUCAAUAUAUAUCUGCUUCUUUAUAUUCAACAUCUUGA